CGCGCCGCGAUGGCGGCGCCGAAGGUGAAGCAGGACAUGGCCCCGCCGGGCGGGUACGGCCCCAUCGACUACAAGCGGCACCUCCCGCGCCGCGGCCUCUCAGGAUACAGCCUGUUCGCGCUCGGCAUCGGGAGCCUCCUGCUCGGGUACUACACCCUCGUCAAGUGGAACCGCGAGCGCAGGCGGUUGCUGAUCGAGGAGCUGGAGGCUCGGAUCGCGCUGAUGCCGCUGCUGCAGGCGGAGUCCGACCGCAGGACGCUCCGGUUGCUGCGGGAGAACCUGGAGGAGGAGGCCAAGAUCAUGCGGGACGUUCCGGGCUGGAAGGUGGGCGAGUCCCGGUUCCACACGGAUCGCUGGGUGCCCCCCACGGUGGAGGAGCUCUACUACCUGCGGCCCCCGGCCGAGCUGGAGCGAGAGAAGUUCGGGCUGCAGAACUACGUCUGACACCCCAAACCCCAACCCCGGCUCCUUCCAGAGCUUCCCCCCCUUUCCUGUCCCUCUCCAGCCUCAGUCCCCCAUCCCGAGCUUCUUCUGACGCCUGUUCAUUAAUAAUUAAUAAAUAAAUAAUGAAUGAAUAAAUAA